GGUUGUUCCCCAUAGCGCCAGAAGUUCCCAACCGGCAACCACCACCGACUGGGAUAGUCGGAUCCAAAGGCCGCUCGCCGCCGUUCCAUUUCCCCCCAAACCUGUGCCCCGCCUCCAUCCAGAUCCAGCCAUCCUCGCCUGCUUCCGCCGCAUCCGCGCCCCUCUUCAUUCAUUCCCGCGGCGGCGGCGAGCGGGCGGGUGUCCGUCCUACUCCCCCGAGCGGAGAUUGGCGUGGAGCCGGAUUCUUCGUUUUCCGUGUUAUGUUUUUCUCCAGUGGCGCAACUGUUCAACUAAACAGGAGAUUUUUGUAGCACAAUGGCUGUGGAAAGAGAUGUGUUUGCCAUCUCAGGGCCGACAUAUCUGAAAUGUGUUGAUUGGAACUGCGAGCACAAUCGGAGAUCUGUGGCUGCAAGCUUAGUUCAGGCUGUAUAUGUGUUGGAGAGAGACCGGCAACUAAAUCGUCAAUCUGUUGAAGCCUUGGCACCUCCAUGGUGGGAAUUCUUCCAUUUUGAGCUGAUUCGCAAACUCAUUGAUGAUGCUGAUAUGUCCACAUUUGGUGCAAUAUUUGAAUUUAAUCCUCCUUCAAGUGAAGAAGCUUCUGCUAUGAAUGCUCCAAGAUUUGUCAUUGCUUUCAGAGGCACCAUAACAGAAAAGGAUACCAUCUCUAGGGAUCUUUCCCUUGACCUCCAUCUUGUACAAAAUGGUCUCCAUAGGACCUCAAGAUUUACCAUUGCAAUGCAAGCUGUUCAAAAUGUCGCCUCAGUUUUCCCCGGAUCCAAAGUUUGGCUAGCAGGCCACUCACUGGGUGCAGGUAUGGCUAUCCUUACCGGAAGAAACAUGGCUAAGAAGGGUGAGCUUUUGGAAAGCUUUCUCUUCAAUCCACCCUUUGUCGCUGCUCCAAUUGAAAGGAUCAGAGAUGAAAGGGUAAAGCACGGUUUCCGCAUCGCAAGAAGUGUAAUUACUGCCGGAUUAACCAUUGCAAUGAAAGGUAAAACUGAGGGGAACAGUCAGAGAUCUGUUGCUGAAGAAUCUUUCAGCAUUUUGUCAUCAUGGACGCCAUAUCUAUACGUCAAUCCAGGAGACCACAUUUGUUCAGAGUACAUCGGGUACUUCCAGCACCGGAAGAACAUGGAGGAUCUCGGCGCUGGAUUUAUCGAGAAGCUCGCAACACAGAAUUCUAUAGGAGAUCUGUUCUUCAAGGCAUUAGGGUGGGAAUCAGAACCACUGCACCUUCUUCCUUCUGCUGACUUAAUUGUCAACGUGAGCCCUUCACCUGAUUUCAAAUAUGCUCAUGGCAUCAGCCAGUGGUGGCAGCCCGAGCUGAACUUACAGUGCAGUAAAUAUCGGUACUAAUAGUAAUACAUACACUGCUGGGGAAGGAUUAUUCUUAGCUGCCGUUUUCUUUUCGUUCAGUUUAUUCAUGUGGUUCAUUCCAUUUAUGUGGUUCAUUAUUUCAGACAUAAGAUUGUAAAAUUUGUUGAUUAGUAGUUACUACAGUUAUCGGAUUAAUGGUAUUUAUGUCCUCUGAUGUGAUUAUUGGCAUUUACUA